AUGUUACUCUUCAAUACAGAAGAUUUGAAGGCAAUCUUCCAGGAAGUGUCUCUGAACCCUUCCGACCGUCUUGUCUGCAACAAUUCCAACACUAUUUAUUUAUGGCAGGACAACAUCUUAAGAGUGCAAUCAGACCACGAAACGCAAUACAGGAGUUAUAAUGUGGAGCUUCCAUUCGUUCCAGAACAAAUGGUCAUCAGUCCGUCGGGGGGCCUUGUAGCAUUUCAUGCGAACAGCGAGCUCUAUGUCAUGGAAGUGAAUGAGCAAUCUAGAUUAAGAAAGCAUUUCAAUACCAGUCUAGGGAUAAAAAAACUAUUAUGGCAUCCUCUGGCUACUUAUGGGUUAUCUUUCGUUAUUUUGCAUGAUGAUAGUACAAUUCGAAUUUAUGAUCUUGAAGACCUAGAACCCGAAUCUAUCACUGUUUUCAAUCGUAAAUCGAGAUCAUUUGGGUUAUCAGACCAUGUGGAAUCAGUUUGUGACAUUGCAUUUGAUCCAACCGGUUUGACACUUUAUCUGCUGAGCUCCUUCAAUUACUGUGACAUAUAUGCUAUCCAUCCGUGUCUACCAAAGAAUUUUUCCCUACGCAGUAAUGAUACAUCAAAUGUCACAUCAAGGACGAAAAAUGGUUCUUUAGCGGAUUACAUGUUGCACAAAUCAUUGUCUUUAUACAAUAGCCUCGAUAAACAGCUAAAGCUGAUAUCAGGUUCAGAUCCUGAUGUGGAAUCCGAUUACCUCACCUUAAAGCAUGAUCUAUUGAAACAAAUUCAAUUUUUCGACAACUAUAAAAAAAAUGAUGGUAUAGACACAUUCACGAGCAAAGCAAUCAGGAACUCUGUACCACAGGGCCCGUUCAUUAUAAAAAAAUUUCCGACAGCUUUGAAUGCGAAAGAGGUCACAGGCUUGACAAUCAUACCGGUUGGAGAACGUUUGGGCCUUUUGAAUCUUCAAUUUAUAGAUGGAACAAACGUUGUGUUGUUCUCCGAUUCUGAAAUUGUCAUGAGUUGGAGUUUACGCUCCAAUACUACAUUCAAUAACCUUAGUGUAAUAACAAUGUUCAAUGCAAAAGGUCAAUGCCAACUACUAAACUCCUCGGAACCUAAAUUAGUAUUUACUGGUGAUAGCUCCACGACUAUCAUGGAAAUGCCAUGGUUGGAACCAUUGGCACAGUGCAUAAGGCUUCAUGACUUCUCUAUCAUUGAUGAUGUUAAGUUUGAAAAUAAAAUAAGAACAGUUUCAGGAACUUUCCUCGGUGUUUUAUCUACCUUGUCUGGUGAUAUUCUUUACAACGGCAAUUCCUUCAAGGUCAUCGAGAGUAACGACAAGAGCACCACACAGAAACCCAUAAACAGAACCGAUGAAGUGAAAUAUACAUAUAAACCAUCGUUGCCAACGUCUGGAAAGGAAUUGGAUAUGCUUUUGACGAAGUAUAAAACAGAAGCCAAUGGAUUCAUUUCAGGCAUACCGGACUCUUUGGCUCCUCUCCCUUUGAAGAACAAUUCCAAUGAACGUCAAUUGGAAGUGGUUUCUGAACUUUACAAGGAAACCAUGAAGCGCGUCAAGUUGGGACAGAUGAUUUUAUUUAGAAUGUUCAACAAAUCCAACGAAGAAGUGGCUGAACUCCAUCGCCAAUUAAGAAAAACCAACGAGAUCGAAAUGUUGAGAAAUAAACUUAACGGAAACUUGGGAGACCUCCAAGAAAGAUAUUCCAGGUAUGAGGAAAAGUCCAAGACGUUGGAAAAACGACUUGACAAGUUAAAAGAGACAUUCUCCAGUAUAGAAAAUAACGAGAAAUUAAGAACAAGCAGUAUCAGCGAGGCCGAACUAGUGUGGUUCAAAAGUAUCAAAAACCAGGUAUUAAAGUUCAAUAACUAUGUACAUCUGACAAACAAACUUCGCGAAGAACUAGAGUUUUUGGACACACAGCUUAGAUCAACUACUAAAGGAGACGAUUUCUUUUCCGAGCUAGAAUUUAGUUCCCUACAACAAAUGUUACUGAACGACAAAAAGGUCAUCAAUUCUUGUAUGAAUGAGUUAAGCGCAUCCAUUGAAGAUCUAGCGGUAUAA